CUCCAGCCGAGAAACAACACAUCAGCUCACAUUCAGCCUUUUGCAAGUAUUUUCGCUCAACCACCGGAGCUUCCCCUUAACUCGUCUUACCUCAAAUUUUCGACAGCACAAUUUCUCCUCCCACGAGUCCGUUGCCUCGGAACCGAACCGGCCGGUCGCGCCCUGAGCGACACACUCCACCACCCCUCCUCUACCACAUCGACAGCUCGGCACCUCUUCCUUCCCGCCGACCGCGCCGCAGAGGCUGACUGCCCAGCCGAUCAAGAAAAUAUCCGAACAGGUCACAGACGGCAGUAGCCACAAUGGAGGCCGAAACCCUCGACCAGAUGCAGGCGCGACACCGCAAGGAGCAGCGCGACCUCAUCGGACGAAUCACCAGCAAAAAGAAGAACGCAACAAAAAAGUCACGCAAGGGCGUCAACGAGGAGUGCGCUGAUAUGGAGAGGCGGCUCAAAGAGAAGCAGGAAGAGGAGCUCGCGGCCCUGACUGGCGGCGGCACAGACGUCAACGAGGAAGUGGAGGAGGACGAGGUGGCAGACGCCCCGGCAAACGACGAUACGGCCGCGCUCGCGGACAAGCUCAAGGAGACCUCCGUCUCGGAAGCCACCCCACCGACGGAAGACGAUACCCAAACACAGGAUCAGGGGCAAGGCAAGAAGCGCAACAGGCAAAAGGAGCGCAUGGCGCGGCGCGCGGCGGAGAUCGAGGCCGCGGCGGCAAAGGCCGAGGAGGAGGCGCGGGGCAUGACGGACCACCGCGGCGCCGAGAAGACGUACAUGCUCAAGGAGUUCAAGACGCACUCCCUCGCCGAGAAGGAGAUCGCACCGGACGGGCACUGCCUCUUCUCCGCGGUGGCGGACCAGCUCGCGCAGUGCGGCAUCCCGCUGGCAGCCACCGCCGCGGCCGCCGCGCAGCCGCCGUACAAGGUCGUCCGGGCGGCAGCGGCGGAGUGGAUGACGGCCCACCCGGACGACUUCGCGCCGUUCCUCGAGGAGGACCUGGAGGCGUACGCACGCAAGAUCCGCGACACGGCGGAGUGGGGCGGGCAGCUGGAGCUCGCGGCGCUGGCCAACGUGUACGGGGUCGAGAUCCGCGUCGUGCAGGACGGGCGGACAGAGAGGAUCGGGCCGAGCGCUGGGGACAUAGACGGCGCCGCCAGCGAGGAACCCGGGGUGGGGGGGAAGGAGAUCUGGCUGGCGUAUUAUCGGCACGGGUACGGGCUGGGCGAGCAUUACAACUCCUUGCGGAAGACGGCGUGAA